AUGCGUCUCUCCACAGUCAUCUUGACGUUCGCAAUCGGACUCGCACAGGCACUGCCUUACGAUCAGUCUGGUUACUCCAGCGUCGUCGCCGAGCUUGAGGCCCGGGAGCCACAAGUCGACGACCCCGGCAAUUACGGCGACUAUGGCUCCUAUGGUUCCUAUGGAGAGUACCCCUCCUUCAGCGUGCCGUCUCCUGUGCCGCCUUACACCGUCAUUGUCCCUGUACCUCUCGAGAUUACACGCGUGAUUACCAGCACCGUGGGCAAUUCGAGUCUGAUUCCUGGUUUCACGACCACGACCACGACGACUGUCACUGUUGCAAACCUCACACUCACGACAUUCCCGACUUUGACAAUCAAUUCAACGGCCAACUCGACAAUUGCAGUGCUUCCAACCUCGACGGCCAACUUUACGGCUUCCGCCUUUCUGACCUCGUCGGCCAACUCCUCUAUCACAGCGCUUCCAACUUCGACUACCAACGCAACAUCCACAGGCAAUGCGACUGUCACAGCGCUUCCAGCUUCGACUGCGAACUCAACAACCACAGGUAAUGCCACUGUCACCGCGCUGCCGACGUUGUCAGACAACUCGACUGUCACAAUUCUCCCAGUAAUGACGGAGAACACCACAGCCUCUACUCUCCCCACCUUUUUGGCCAAUCUCACGACGGCUGUUGCAACCCCGUCGAGUAACUUCACACUGACAUCUUUGCCGACUUCUGCCAUCAACACCACAUCCGCUUUCCCUGCAAACAGCACUGCCAACUCCACUAUCGAUAUCAUGUCAACAGUUGCACCAUUCACAACCGGUCCUUCCUUGUUUAUCACUGCCACUCUGAAUUCGAGCGCUGCACCUUUCGGCAACACAACAGCAACAGCAAUGCCCUCGGGGUCCACUGGUACAAUUUUAGCCGGUCUUCGCCGUAUCCUCUGA